CUCUUCAUUUAGCAGUGUCCUCAUUUCUAACAGCGCAGUCAUCCAUGCAGGAAGGUGCGCUGCUGGGACUCUAUCGGUUCACCUGAUUUGGACUUCCCUCCAGUCAUGAUUCGAGUUUCUGCAGCAGUGUUUGUGCUGCUGCUGUUUGUGCUGCUGGCUGUGCUGAAGGCCGACCCUGGAGACAGAUUGUUACGAAAACCAAGAAGGACCUAUAUACGUAGGAUUCUGAAGGAAAAUAAAGAUUACACUGAUCGAGAGUAUAUUGGCAGAGUUUACUUGUUUUAUGAAAAUGUUGUCGUCUCCCUGAAAGGCGUCGGGGCGGACCAGUAUCCCUUCAAUGUGUUUGUGAUCGACCCUCAUACUGGAUACAUCCGUGUGACCCAAGUUCUUGACAGGGAAUUCAUUAGUUUAUACAGUUUCACGAUUGUUAUUAGGUACACUAAUGGUACCAUUCUAGAAGAAUGGGAAGGAUUCAAUUUCUGGAUUGGCGAUGAGAAUGACAACGCUCCAGUGUUUGGGGAUAUUCAGCCUGGUGAAGUGGAUGAGCUCAGUCCUGAAGGUACUUUUGUUAUGAAAGUCACAGCAACUGAUGCUGAUGAACCAGGGAAUUACAAUUCUAAGAUUGCCUACACCAUCAUAGAUCAGAAUCCACCCGAUGACCGGUUCUACAUUAACAGAGAAGAUGGCUCCAUCUAUGCUAAGAAGCCUCUUCUGGAGAGAGAGAAAUGUGAUCAGUAUAUUCUGACUGUAAGAGGCCAAGACCUAGAUGGUAGACCAGGUGGAAACAGUGGAACUGCCAAUGUCACCAUAAACAUCCGUGAUGUGAACAACCACCUUCCCACUCUGGACAAAGAGCUGUAUGAGGGAAGCAUUGAGGAGAACUCGAAGGGUGUGGAGGUGAUGAGGCUCCAAGCAGAGGACCUGGAUCUGAAGGGCACAGAUAACUGGGAAGCUGUGUUUGAUAUUGUCAGAGGCAAUGAGGCCGGAUAUUUCAGCAUUACAACAGACCCCAGCACCAACGAGGGCAUCUUAAUGCUCGACAAGCCUGUGGAUUACGAGGAUGUGAAGAACCUUGAAUUGGGGUUAGCUGUAAGGAACAAGGCCCCACCAUUUAAUGGAUCUGAGACAUCUGGACGUGUUGGAGGCAGAGUAAAUGAAACUGCUGCAGGACCUUUUCCUGGAGCAUCAUCGUGGCAAUGGGGGGAAAAAAGCAAAAUCUAUCCAGUCAAAAUCAGUGUGAAGAACCAGCCUGAGGGGCCACAUUUUUACCCCAAAGUCAAAGCUAUUCCCAUCCCAGAUGAAGGCACCUCCUUCAACAUUACAGAGGUUAUAGCUCGCUACCCUGCAAUAGAUGAAGACACUGGACAACUGGCUGCAAAUGUCAGGUAUGCCAUAGGCUCAGACCCUGGCAGCUGGCUGACUAUUGACCCAGAGACAGCUGAGAUCAAACUCAACAAGAUACCUGACAGGGACUCUCUACACCUGGUCAAUGGGAUAUAUAUUGCUGAAGUACUCUGCAUUACAGAAGACACACCUCCUAAAACAGCCACUGGCACCAUAGCCAUUGAGGUGGAAGAUUUUAAUGACCACUGCCCCAUCCUGACCAGUGACAUCUACACUAUUUGCACCAUAAAGGAUGCUGUCAUUGUGAAUGCUGAUGAUGAGGAUUCAUAUCCUAACGGACCUCCUUUUAAGUUUGAGAUCACCCCAGAAGGCACUGAAGGAAAAUGGCGCAUGGAGCAUCUCAAUGACACUGCAGCUAUCUUGCGGGCUCAGGAGUACAUGUGGCCUGCUAUCUAUGAGGUGGAAAUAAUGGUAAAAGAUCAGCAGGGAAAGGCCUGUCCAGAACAACAAAAAAUCCCGGUCCGAGUUUGUACCUGUGAGGACGGAGUCAGGUGUGGAAAACGAGGUGGCAACAAUCAGCCAGUUAAAGGAGUGCACUUAGGACCUGCAGGCACCGGGAUAAUAGUACAGGCUGUGCUGCUGCUGUUGCUUUGUGUUCCUCUGGUGCUGCUCUCCUGCCAAUGUAAAUGUGCUUCGAGGGACGUGCCCCCUGCAAAUAAUGUGAGGUUUAAAAAGCGUUUAGCAAAGAACGUAGAAUACAACAACCUUCAUGCGUCUAGAGAAGGUCUGAGUCCUGGGAGCAAUCUGCUGAGAAGUGGCAAAGGCUCAAAAGAUGUCCAACAGAAACAACUGUAUGUAGGAGACAUUGUUACUGUAUGAGGAUGUGCGCUCCUCUGCUGGCUCUGUGGGCUGAGUCAGACAAUGACCUCCAAUUGGAUUAAAGUUGAAGAUUCUUGCAGAGGUGUGCAGAGCCAAUGAGUGAGCACAUAAAUUACAAUAAAAUAGAUAAAUCCCUUCCAACAGCAAAUGAUACCUCCUGUCAUAGUCCCUAGUUGUGGUCCUUGAGUCCUGUUUUUAAUUCUUCUAUAAUGUGUUGAAGUAUUUUAAGCUUUGGUUGUUCUUUGUGGUAUUUUUGUAUUAUUAUUUUUAUUGUUUCAUUAUUCUCACUCUAGUGGUUUCUAGUGAUAACUUUUCUUUUUUGUGAUACGAGUAGUGUUGCUCCCUGUAUGUCUUGUCCUGAUUGCUUGCACCUGUGUCUGGCUCGUUGUGUUUACCUUUUCAGUACUGUAAAGUUUUCAGUAACUUGUGUUACCUUCUUGAUGUUUACUUUUGGGACUUAUUAUCAGGAGUUAAAGUUUGCUUUUCCAUUUCAUUCCCUGCUUUUUACAUCCUGCAUUUUGGGUCCCUGAAAACUUCUAAGUUCUUCUAAGAGAGCCCUAAUGCCUAGAGACUUUUGCUCUGAGCACUCAACAAAAGUCUUAGGGAUGGUGCAUUAUUGUCAUGGAAGAAACCAUUUCCUUCAGGAUAGAAAUCAUUCAUCACAGGGUAAAGGCAAUCAUUCAAAUCAAUUCACUGAUUUGCAGUCGCCCUUUAAAUAAGUUUACUUUGAACAUUUUAAAGAAUAAAGAGUAAUUGAAAGAUAUAAUCAUUCAACUGUACAAAUACCCAGUAUAUUAGUGUUCUGUGUAUUUAUAUGGAUGUGUGU